AUACAAAAACAACUAAUAUAACUCAACUCUCUCUCUAAACUCUUCUCUUUCCCAAUUACCCAAUUCCUCUCUACUUUCUAGGGUUUUGAAAUUGGAACCACCAAAGCUAAAGCUGCUCACCUCCUCACACAUAACCCAUUAACCCACAUUUCACACCAAGGAAUCCAAUUCUUCACCUUUUUCCUUUUCCCAGAGGAAAAAAAGAGUCUUUUCCCCCAAUUCAUGGUCUUUGUUCUUCCCCCAAGGAGAGAGAAACUGGGUUUUCUAGAGAGAGAAAGUGGGUGCUUUACUAUGUAGAUGAAUUGGGUGAGAGAUUAGAGAAAGAUAGAUAUGUUGGCAAUGGAGAAAGAUUUUGAUGCCAAGUUGAAGAUUCAGGGGAAUUCUUCUUCUAAUGGUGGAAAUGGUGGUGGUGCUAAUAGUACUGUUCAGAAAUCCAAGAGCUUUGCUUUCAGGGCUCCCCAGGAGAAUUUCACCAUCCAAGACUUUGAAUUGGGCAAGAUCUAUGGCGUUGGUUCCUAUUCAAAGGUUGUGAGAGCAAGGAAGAAGGAUACAGGAGUUGUCUACGCAUUAAAAAUCAUGGACAAAAAGUUCAUCACCAAAGAAAAUAAAACAGCUUAUGUGAAGCUGGAACGUAUUGUUCUUGAUCAGCUGGAUCAUCCAGGUGUUGUGCGGCUAUAUUUCACGUUUCAGGAUUCCUUUUCACUGUAUAUGGCACUGGAAUCCUGUGAAGGUGGAGAACUAUUUGAUCAGAUAACAAGGAAAGGUCGUCUGUCUGAGGAUGAAGCUCGCUUUUAUGCAGCCGAAGUUGUAGACGCACUAGAAUAUAUACACAGUAUGGGAUUGAUACAUAGAGAUAUAAAGCCAGAGAAUCUGUUACUUACAGCAGGGGGUCAUAUCAAGGUUGCUGAUUUUGGGAGUGUAAAGCCUAUGCAGGAUAGCCAAAUUACAGUCCUUCCAAAUGCAGCAUCAGAUGACAAGGCUUGCACAUUUGUUGGGACGGCUGCAUAUGUUCCUCCAGAAGUCCUGAAUUCUUCCCCGGCAACUUUUGGAAAUGACCUCUGGGCACUUGGCUGCACCUUGUACCAAAUGCUUUCAGGAACUUCUCCUUUCAAAGAUGCAAGUGAGUGGCUUAUUUUUCAAAGAAUUAUAGCAAGAGACUUAAGAUUUCCAAAUUAUUUCUCAGAUGAAGCCAAAGACCUCAUUGAUCGGUUAUUGGAUUUAGAUCCCAGUAGGAGGCCUGGUGCUGGACAUGAUGGUUAUGCUGCAUUGAAGAUGCACCCAUUCUUUAAGGGAGUUGACUGGAAAAACUUAAGAGCGCAAACCCCUCCAAAACUUGCCUUAGAGCCUGGGUCAGGUGAGGCUGAAGAUGUCCGUGAUAACUCAUGGAACCCUUCACAUAUUGGAGAUAGCGCAGCAAGACAAAAUGAAGGUAACAUCGGUUCAGCAUCAUCUUCUGAAGCAUCUGGUCAUGUAACUAGGCUAGCUUCGAUUGACUCCUUUGAUUCAAAAUGGCAACAAUUUCUUGAGCCUGGUGAAUCUGUUCUCAUGAUCUCAAUGGUGAAGAAAAUUCAAAAACUGACAAGCAAGAAGGUGCAGCUUAUUCUCACCAACAAGCCAAAGUUGAUAUAUGUUGAUCCUGCAAAGCUGAUGAUGAAAGGAAAUAUAAUUUGGUCUGACAAUUCUAAUGAUCUCAACGUCCAAGUUGCUAGUCCUUCACAAUUCAAAAUUGUUACGCCAAAAAAGGUACUGUCAUUUGAGGAUACAAAACAAAGAGCAUGGCAAUGGAAGAAGGCGAUCGAGGGGCUUCAAAAUAGGUGAAAUCUUCUCAUGGUUUUGACAGAUAUUCUUUCAAAAUUAUGGUAUUGGAGAGGAACAAGGAUACCACUGAUAAGAUUAAUGAAAGAGGUGCUGGGGUCUGCAGAUUCAUCAACUUCAAGGUGCAAAGCCCUGUCUUUCUGUUGAUGCCUAAAACUUGUAUGUGAAAAGGGUUUUUUCCACCCAUUUUCAUGCCUUGUAUGCAUAGUUUUGUACUAUGUGAGGUCCUAAUUGUAGGGUCUGUAAAGAGGGGCUGGGACAUUACUUGUUUAUUGUACUGAAAACUACCAUCCAUUAAUGAAAGUUUUAAGAUCUUCACAUUUGA